UUGUUGUCGUGGUACAUUUUUGAUCAUUGUUAUUAUUUACUUUUUAGUUUUUACUGUUUUUAGGUUCUGUGCCUCUGUUAGUAACAUAUUUUUUUCCUCACUGAUUGACGUGUUGACGUGUAGUAAUCUUAGUUGUUAUUUUAUUAGUGUAAUAAGCAAAAUAUUAGGUCAUUUGGUAAUUAUAUUAAUUAUUAUUUAGAAGAUGGUUAACUCAUCAUCAAAUAAAAGUACAACUCCUUGCACUCGGCUGAGAUUGAAAAAUGAAUUGUCUUCUUCUAGAAGGUCAUUAAGAUACAAAAGUACUAAUGAAAUAUCAAAUGAAUGUGACUCACAUAAUAAUUCUUCAAAAACAAAAACUCCAAAAUCUACUAAAAAAGUAGACACUGUAACUGAACCAAAUAAUAGACGUCUUGUUGAAGAUACAAUUAUAGAAUUAUGUGAAUUAAAAUUGAAUAUAAAGCGUAUAGAUGAAUCGAAUUAUGUAUCAACACUCUCUCCUAGCAUGUUAAAAAUGACAAAUGAAAAACUUAAAGGUAAUGGGUCGGACAAAUUGUCAAGUCUUCCAUCUACACCAAAAGGGAAUUCAAGGAAAUCACUGCGUUGGAGUGAACGUCACGAUAAUGAUCUUUUAAAUUUAGUUGAAGAGGCUUUGGUUGAGAGUGACAUUACUGAUACUGAAGAUGAAUUAUCAAACAUACCAAAAAGACGGUCACGGAGAGUUUCUUCAUCAUCUUCUAGAAAAUCAAAUGAUGUUACUAAUAUAUUAUCAACUAAACGUCUAAGAAAAUCUGUAGAUCGAUUAGGUGAUGUGAUAGAUUUGAAUGAAAUUGAAACACCAGAUUCUCCUGAAAAAAAGAAUUCAAGAAAAUCACUGCGCUGGAGUGAACGUCAUGAUAAUAAUCUUUUAAAUUUAGUUGAAGAGGCUAUGAUUGGUGGUGACAUUACUGAUACUGAAGAUGAAUUAUCAAAUAUACCAAAAAAACGUUCACGGAAAAUUUCUACUACGUCAUCCUCUGGAAAAUCAAAUACCAUGAUUAGUACAACACCAUCUAAACGUUUAAGAAAACCUGUGGAUCGAUUUGGUGAUUUAGUAGAUUUAAAUAAAAUUGAAACACCGGAUUCGUCUCCUGAAAAAAAACGAACGAGACAACCUGUUGAUGAAAAUAUAAAUACUCCUAAAAGUAAUAAAAAAGGUAGAAAAAUAUCAAUAAUUAAUGAAGAUAUUUGGAAGACUCCAAAGAAUAAACAUUUAACACAAUCUGUCACUCCUCGCUCUGGCUCUAGAGUGCGUCGUAGUAUUUUACAAGAUAUACCAGAAAAUAAAGAAAUUGAGGUUUCGACACCAAAAACACCAAGAAAAACUCCCAAAACACAUGUUAAAAACUUAACAGCUUCAGUGAGUAAAAGAUUGGAUAGUGGAGCAAGAAUUCCGUGCAGUCCUUUAGAAAAAGCAAGAGCAAAUUUACAUUUACAUGCUGCUCCUAAACAUUUACCAUGCCGUGAAUUUGAAUAUAAAUCUAUACAUUCUUUCUUAGUUAGAAAAAUUAAUGAUGAGUUAACAGGGAGUAUGUAUAUUAGUGGUGUUCCUGGUACUGGAAAAACAGCAACAGUUAAGAGAGUAAUAGAUUCAUUAAAUGCUGAUUUAUUGAUGAAAUAUAGUUUUAAAUUUAUUGAAUUAAAUGGUUUAAGACUUGCUAAUCCACACCAAGCCUUUUCGGUCAUAUGGAAAGAGCUAACUGGAGAAACAGUAUCAUCUUCUCGAGCUCAAACACUUCUUAAUGACUAUUUUUCUAGCAAAAAAGUUAAAGAGUUGUCUACAAUUUUAUUAGUUGAUGAAGUGGAUCAUAUUUGUAAUCGUAAACAAGACGUUGUAUAUAAUAUACUUGAUUGGCCUAGUCAAACUGGUUCAAAAGUGGUUGUAAUAACAAUUGCUAAUACAAUGGAUUUGCCUGAACGAGUGUUAAGAGGAUGUGUCACUAGUAGAAUGGGAUUGACCCGAUUAGUAUUCAAGCCAUACACAUUCCAGCAAUUACAAGAAAUAAUAAUGAAUAGAUUGAUAGGAAAUUCUACAUUUGAUCCAGAUGCUGUUCAACUAGUGGCAAGAAAAGUAGCAGCAAUAUCAGGUGAUGCAAGACGAGCUCUGGACAUUUGUCGUCGGGCUAUUGAUUUAAUUAAAUCUGAAGAUGAUUCCCAAUUAAUAACCAUUAACCAUGUAGAUCAGGUGUUAAAUUCAAUACUUUCUGGUGUUCGUGUAACUGCUAUCAGGUGUUGUUGUCUCUUUGAACAAUUUUUUCUCAGAGCACUUAGAGAUGAAACAUCUAGUACGGGUAUCGAGCAUAGUACUAUUGAGUCAGUUUAUACACAACUGAAAAGCAUUUGUUUGCUUGAAGGUGAAGAGUUGCCAAAUGAGCAACAAAUACUUAUAAUAGCAUACAGAUUAAGGGAUAGCGGUCUCAUUUUUUUGGAAAAGAAGAGAUGGGACAUAUUCCGUAAAGUAUCACUCAAUGUUAGCCCAGAGGAUAUCAGUUACGCUUUAGAUAAAUAUAACGAUUAGAUAAGUUUAUUCAUAUAUUUGUAUUAUACUAUUUAUUUUUUCUUACUGUGACUUAUAUACUUGGUAUACCCAUUUUAAAUUUUUAUUUCAUUCAUUUGAAUAUUUUGUUCAUUUAUAUUUUUAAUUUUUUUUAAAUGUUUUAACACUACAACCUGUAAGUACUUUUAUGUAACAAUAUUUUUUAAUUUGAAUUGUAUUUGAAAUAUUUAUUAAGUAUAUUUUUGUAUAGAUCUUCCACUUUUUAUUCCAGUUGUAUUAUAGUUUUGUUUUAAACAUUUACCAAAUUUAUAAAAUAAAAAUAAAUAAUAAAGUAUCUAGUCGUGGACUGUAACCAUAUCGAAAAUAA